UGCCAUCUCAAACUAGCCAUCUGAAAGCGGGUUUGAACCCUGGGUGAGUGAGGUUGAACCCCUAGACGAAGCAGCAUGAAAUUUCGGUACGCCAUGGUGUGCUCGUCGAACCAGAACCGGAGCAUGGAGGCGCACUCGCUCCUCAAGAGGGAGGGCUUCGAGGUGUCUUCGUACGGGACGGGGGCUCACGUAAAGCUCCCUGGACCCUCCCUCAGAGAACCCAACGUCUACGACUUCGGUACCCCGUACAAGCAGAUGUACGACGAUCUCAGGCGCAAAGACUCCGAGCUCUACAAGCGUAAUGGCAUUUUGCCUAUGCUUAAAAGAAAUUCAGCAGUCAAAUUGGCUCCUCAGCGCUGGCAAGAGAAUGCUGCUGAUGGUUCCUUUGAUGUGGUAUUUUCAUUUGAAGAAAAGGUUUUCGAUAUGGUCGUUGAAGAUCUUCACAACCGGGAUCAUGUUCUUAUGAAACCUGUACUAGUGAUCAACUUGGAGGUAAAAGAUAACCACGAGGAGGCGGCCAUAGGAGCUCGGCUUACUUUAGAUCUGUGCCAACAGAUUGAAGUUGCAGAGUCAUGGGAAGACUCGAUUGAUGAUAUAGUGGCUGAUUUUGAGAAACAGCAUCGGCGGAAGCUAUUGUAUAGCAUUUCCUUCUAUUGAAGACGUCAAGAAAUAAGAAUACACUAAUAGAAUUCUACCCUCACCAAAUCUUUUUAACCUCCAAUUUUUCCAUUUUCAAUGGAAGAUUAGUUCUGUGUCGCAUGAAACUUAGAAGUUUCUGAUCUUGUACUGCUGCCUGUUCAUUAGAGGUUAUGUAGCAAAAAAAAAGUGAGCCCAAAACCGGCAAAAAAAAAAAAGCCCAAAAAAAGUGGUUAGUAAAAAAACAGUUAUUCGGAUGCGGUUAACCGUUAACCAGACGGUUAACUGCCUAGCGUUUAGCGGAGGCGGUUAAUAACUGCCUAGGCAGUUGUGGUUAGCGGUUUUAGCCACUAACUGCUAACAGCAAUGGCCUUUUCACCCCUAUUACAAGUUGAUGUAGCAAUUUAUGUUGAA